AGGUAGAGGUCGACGAGGUUAAGAUGGAAGCCGAGGAGCAUCUCGCGAGGGAAUACGUACAGGAGUUUGUUCUCGAUCAUCUCGAUCCCGCCGACGUCAAACGGGAGGUACGAAUCAGCUCCCCAAUGAUGGUGAACGGUAGCGUGGUACAAUUACCUGGCCAGGUACAAACUCAAGGCCUAGCUCUGGCGCCUUUGACGCCGCCGGCGCACGAGCUCGAGCAACCCCAUCCUUUAUACGGACAACCGCAUAUCCAAGUGCAGCACGGUGUCCUGGUGAAGGCACCUCCGGGUGCAGCGUCUCAUCUGACAACCCUUUCGCAUCCUGGAACACCACCGGAUACGCCUCCGGUUUCGGCGUCCCCGCCGCCAUUGCAAUUGCAUAGGAGCGAGCAGGAUUCGCGCGAGAGAGGAUUGUUCUUGCAACUGCAACAACCUGGCUCGAUCGUACAAGAUGAGAUGCAACCCGGCACAGGUGGCAUGGGAUGGUUGACGCAGUCUCUUAGGCAGGAACCGCUCGAUCUCAGACCUCAUUGUCCUCAGGAACCGCCGGAACCGCAUCACGAAGCUUGGCCGAGUCAUCAUCAUUUCCAAGAUCUGCAACGUUUGCAACGUUAUCCCAGACAUACUGGUGGAUACAUCACGAUGUCAGGCCACAUAGAAUACUGUGGAGGUGCUGGAUCAGGCGGCGGGAUGCUUCCCGCGGGCGGAAGUGGAAUUUCAGGAAUGGAAGACAGUAUGCAAGGGAUACAGAUGCAAAGACCGAUGAGCGUUUGUUCAGUGAGUUCUUGUGGCGCUAGUGGACCGAGCCCAGCCCACAGGACAGGGAAUGGUCUUUAUCCAAAUUGCGGGAAUAAUAAUCCUCAGGAAGAACUCAUGAACGACGAGCUGCUCAUGUCACUUUCCGUGCGUGAAUUGAACAAACGCCUCCAUGGUUGCCCGCGGGAAGAGGUGAGUCAGGUCGUACGCCUGAAGCAGAAGCGACGUACGUUGAAGAACCGUGGCUAUGCUCAAAACUGUCGUAGCAAGCGACUUCAACAACGGCACGACCUUGAGACAACAAACCGUAACCUGCAGAACGAACUUCAACGAGUAAAAAUCGAAUUGGCACGGGUCCAGCAAGAACGCGAUCUUUAUAAGCAACGAUGCGAGAUUCUGAGAACACGGCAGAGCCACAAUCAUAAUCACAAUCACAAUCAUCAUCAGCAACAGGCAUCCCAGCAGCAACAGCAACCGCAAUCACAGCCGCAGCAGCAUCAGACGCAGAAUCAACCGCAACAACAACCACAACAACAGCAGCCGCCUCAACAUCAACCGGCGCCUGCCAGUCCAGAAGUCUAUCUGUGACAUCGACAGCGCCGAGGAGGCGCUUGUUGGACCUGAAGAGAUAUCCAUCGUGUAAUCGCGAGAUUCUUGAUCGUGACAUACCUGUGCGCGUGGGUUGAAAAAAAAGAAAGACCAGACAAGCAACCGGGUAUACACUUCGAGAAAUGUGCGUUUCUUAUUUUCUUUCGAUCUGUGACUGAAGUCUUAAGCACAUCUUUAAUCUCGUCUAUGUGUAUAUAGCGUUUAGUUCUUCCAUAUUUUUUUCUUAUGUAUAGAUUUGUUAAGAGCUACGGCAAAAAAAAAAGAGCCUUGACUGUUAAAUCGACUUUGUAAAUCGCGUAUGGAGUUACCAACGCAACUAAGGUAUCAUUAGAUUAAAAAUAAUUAGUUCUAUUCUCAUAGAUAUAUGAAUAUAUUGCUCGUGGUGGACGUCUUUACCAAAUACUGUACCAAAAAGGGAAUAAACAGAAGAAAAAUAGAAGCGAAUCGUAUUUACUUUGUUGUAGAGCAGUAAAAACACGAAGAAUAAAGCUCGAAAAUCUAUCGUUCAAGAGGUUUAGCAUUUUAUUGAUUGUUAUUUAAUUUAUAAUCAUAAUAUAAUUUCUUUGAUAUGUUUCGUCGCGAAUAAUUGAUUUGAAUAAUCUUCGUUGCUAUUUGUUAUUUUUUAUUAUUUUUGGUAUUAAUAAUAUUAAUUUUGAACUAGUGGUGCUGGAUCAUAGGAAUGCGACAAUUUAGGUUAUGUUAUUUAACCUUUUCAAUAUAUAUGUAUAAUUUUGCAAUAAUACAUCAAGAUUUUUUAUUGUUUUAGAUUCAAUUAUUUGGGUUUAGAAAAAUAGAGUA